AAAGCAAGGACAGCUCCGUGAUGCUAAACAAACCUAGAAACCAUCCCCAAUGAAUCCUUCAAACGGCGAAAGAAUAAUAUAGGGAGGUUUCAUAGCUUCCUCUCCCUCUGCUUUUCAAACAUUAAUCUUCCGAGGCAAGUUGUUAUAGGCAUGGAAAGUUUCAGCAGAGAAUAAACAAGCCAGAGCCACUGAAGGUUGGGAAAGGAUUAAGAUGGACAAUAUUUCGAGGGGACUUUUGCAUUGCACCCCGAAGAAUUUUUGAUACUUUCAUCCUAAGACUUCUCCUUUGGAUGCUGUUUAGGUCAUGGAAGAAAACUCCCUCCAAGGCCUGUUGUUCAGAGACCAAGAUUUUUCCUCCGAUCUCCUCAAGCAGCUGAACGUCUUGAGACAAAACAGAAUCCUAACCGAUGUCCUUCUGUGCACAAACGACAUUGAAAUUCCUUGCCAUAAGAAUGUUCUUGUCUCAAGCAGUCCCUAUUUCAAGGCCAUGUUCUGUAACAACUUUAAGGAGAGCAUCCAGGAAAAAGUCAACCUCCAAGGAAUGGACUCCGGCAUUCUGCAUUCGAUUAUCCUUUACAUCUACACGGGAGAGAUACUCAUGACUCCCGAGAACAUUCUCAGUCUCAUGGAGACGGCUUCCAUGCUUCAGUACAUGAAGCUCUUUGAAGCCUGUUCAGCUUACCUCCAGGAUCAGCUUUCUCCAGAAAAUUGCCUUAGCCUGAGAAGGCUUUCUGAAAUCCUCCAUUGUCAGGAUCUUAAUCAGAAAGCGAAAGCCAUGGCUCUGAGGCGUUUCCCUGAAGUAGCCACUUCUGAAGACCUGAAAGAACUUUGCGUGUUAGAGUUGAUAGACUAUCUUGGGAAUGACGAGCUUUGCGGAGAGGAGGAAGAGGUUUUUGAGGCUAUCAUGGUCUGGGUAAGGCAUGACCUUCAAGCACGACAAGGCUAUAUUCAAGACUUGUUCCAAAAAGUGAGGCUGCAGUAUGUCCAUCCGACAUUCUUCUUCCGCUUCAUAGCCAAUGACUCUCUCAUUCAGUCAUCCCCUGCCUGUCAAAAUAUCCUAGAACUUGCAAAUAAGCAGAUGUUUUCGCUGUAUAGUGUCAGUGCCCCUGACGUCAAACCCCUCUGGCAUGUUCCCCGGCGCUAUUCGUGUCGGGAAUUCCUCCUCUUAAUCGGUGGUCGCAAAGACAAUCAACAAACCACAAGAGACGUCUUACUGUAUGAUGAAAAUACAAACCAAUGGUUGAGCCUUGCUAAGUAUCCAACCCGUCUCUACAAGGCCUCGGCAGUGAGUCUGCACAGUAAUGUGUAUCUUUUGGGGGGAAUUCCUGUAGGUAACGGGAAGGACCAAGUUAGCAGUAACGUUUACAUCUUCUCACUCAAACUGAAUCAAUGGAGGCUGAUAGAGCCCAUGUUAAUGGCGCGCUAUUCCCAUAGAAGCGUGGCCUACAAAAACUAUAUCUUUGCCAUCGGAGGCAUCGGCGUGAACCAGGAAAUCUUAAAUUCCAUGGAGAGAUAUGAUAGCAUCUACAAUGUUUGGGAAGACAUGGCGAAUAUUCCCACUGCGGUCCUGCAUCCUGCGGUAUCUGCCAAAGACCAAAGAAUCUACCUGUUUGGGGGGGAAGACUUGAUGCAAAACCCAGUCAGGCUAAUACAGGUGUAUCACGUGUCUAGGAACAUGUGGUUCCGAAUGGAGACCAGGAUGGUGAAAAAUGUCUGUGCACCAGCAGUUUUGAUUGGAGACCGCAUUUUUAUUGUUGGAGGAUACACCCGAAGAGUAAUUGCUUAUGAUACCAAGGACAAUAAAUUUGUGAAGUGUGCAGACAUGAAGGAAAGGCGGAUGCACCAUGGGGUAGCCGCCAUCAACGAGAAGCUGUAUUUGACCGGGGGGCGCUGUCUAACACCGGAUAACGCCAUCGUGGACUCUGAUUCACUGGACUGCUAUGACCCUCAGACAGAUACCUGGUGUACAAAGGGGAAACUACCCCAUAGACUGUUUGACCACGGAUGCCUCACACUCCAGUGUGUGCCUUAUGCCAACUUCUUGGGAGAAGGGAAUGGAAAGAAAACGUUUUCCUAAUUGCAGAGAAGUUGCUAGUCAACCUUUCCCAAGCCAUCAAAAUGGAUUCAAUGGAAUAGGCUUGAGAAGGUUCACCAUAACAUGAGGUAAAACGUUUGCCUCAUUGCCUCAAGCAGCAGAUACAGGAUUUGAUUAAAGCAGCGUUUGGGGUGUGUUGGCAUGGUACACUUAUCCACAGAGAUUAAUCCUGGUUUUUCUCCAUUAAUCCAACGUCCUGGGUUCACACAGCUUCCUGAAUCCUGGACUAAGCUCUUGCCAGAUUGCAGUAUAAUGCAGUGGUGAAAUCCAAAUUGUUUUACUACCGGUUCUGUGGGCGUGGCUUGGUGGACGUGGUGUGGUGUGGCUUGGUGGCCGUGGCAGGGGAAGAUAUUGCAAAACCUCCAUUCCCUCCCCACUCCUGGGGGAAGGAUAUUGCAAAAUCUCCAUUCCCACCCCACUCUGGGGCCAGCCAGAGGUGGUAUUUGCCAGUUCUCCGAACUACUCAAAAUUUCUGCUACCAGUUCUCCAGAACCUGCUGGAUUUCAUCCCUGGUAUAAUAUCUGCCAAAUAUAUCGUACAUGUUGCUAAAAAUUUUCACUUUAUUCUUUAAUUUGUUCCCUUUGUUCUCUAAUUUCAGGAACAACCUGAAUGUUUUUACGCAGAAGGAUUUGCCUCGUAUGUUAUGUGCAUAUGAACUGAAUGUUCUUUUUUUUAAUUUCUUUUGGAUUAAACAGAUCCAGUGCAAUUCUGAAAUAAAUGGAUGUCAGAGACGUA